UGGAAAAAUAUUAUGGUAUUCAGUCUUGCACAUUUCAGAAUGAAGACUAGCUAUUUCUUGGUGGUUCUGGUGGCAUUGACCUUGGUUCCCGAGGACGUGGACGGCUGGUUCUUCCGGUCCGUGCGAAGAAUUCGCAUCAGCCCGUACCACACGCUCGGCUGUAUGGCGGCCUGUAAGUGGGCGAGGAGCUGGGCGUGUAAGGCCUGUAAGAGGAAGAGGGGGCUCGACCAACAUACAGCUGAACUGGAUGACGAGGCCUUGGACGUUCCUAAAGUUCUGCAAACCCUUGACGUUAACGGAGAUGGGUUUCGUCGAGCUCGGCGAGAUCGCUCAGGUGACCGGUCUGAAAGUGUGAAACCCUGUUCUCGUGACGAGAUUCCACAAGGCAGAUCUCAACGGCGAUGGCAAACUGGAUGUUCAUGAAUUGGAAGCUUUUCAACUUUGAGAACAAAAAGGAAUUUCUGGAAGCCAUUAAGGAGGAUGGUGCAGAUGACGUCACGUUUUAGCUAAUCAUACGUGAUUUUUCAUAAAGAUUGAGAAAUAUGGUUGAGGGAUUAAAUAAAAUGUGAAAACAG